CCAUUCAUACUUCAUCCUCUCUUGCUAAUACGGAAAGACUCACUUAUUUACUUUCAGCUCUUUCAAUCUCCUUUGCUAUGAAAUAUGGUUUCAUCCUCGACUUACAUUCUUUAGUUGAUAUAUAUGGUAGAUAGUAUAGUGCAAGGUAUCCAUUCAUCCGAUGUAGUACCUGUUGAUGAAGUCGAGCGCUUCUACGACUGUUUAGAGGAUGUCGAGGACACUACAAGAAGUGCGGAUACCUCUAACGAGGAUGAGACCCGAAAGCAAGGGCUAAUCCUUCUAGUCGGUAGCAUUCUCUUAAUCAGUCUCUUGUUUGCAUCUGCUGGGUACCCCGAAAAAGGAGUCCAUAGCUUCCUUGGGGCGGUGGCAAAAUCCGAUGAACGCAGAGCUCAUGAAGCAUCCCUUCUGGUUAUCCAAGGAAGACAACUGUUGCCAGAAAACAGCUUUAACCUCAGUAGUUCAUUAAGUUGUAUUGUUAAGAAAAAUAUCGUUUUGCCAGAUAGAAGCCUAUCCUCGUUUACUUGUUUGCAGGUUUCCCCAUACCGUGCAGGUUUAGCUUUUUGUUCGCCUCUUUCGAUGGAAGAAUUUAUGUCUACAUUCGCUCUUAUCGCUACUCCGUUACUUAUGGGAUUGUUCGUAUGGAUUAAUUUUCUACCAGAGAGUGUGCCAAUAUCCAAUAUCUUGCCCGUAUUCGAUAUAGACUCUCUCUGGCUGGCUCUAUCUUCUAGUCAUGAAGUAAGAAAUAGCGCUGGCUGUGACAAUAUUCUUCAGCAGGCUAGCUGCCAAUUGGCUAGAGCACCCGAGGUAACAGCUAUAGAUGAUGAAAUAGCGGAUGUCCAAUCAACUAGUGCCGCUAGGAUCAUCACACCCUUGGCUGGAGCUGUCGCCCUUAACAUUAUGGGGAAUGAGGAAAGAAAAAGUCAAAAAUGGAAUUUUACCAACUCCGCUACUACACUCGUUCAAGUCAAGUCAAGAUAAAGGAGUGGGGUGGGAAGUUCAAUUCUUUUUCCUCUUGGAAUUAAUAAUAUUAUGCGACUUUGGGACCAGUAAGAAUAAGGGACCUAACCGCUGCUAUUGCAUCAGAAGCAUCGAAUUCCUAUUUCCCAGAAGAAAAAGACUUUCUCUUGCUCUCGGGAAUGGGAAUAGCAGGAAUGGCUGUUACUGGUACGAAGGCUAAGGGGUACUGAGAUUACAGAGACAAAAUGACUUGCCCGAGAUUGCCUAAAGACUCAAACAACAACAGCUGACCCCUUUCACCUAGAUGUCCUCUUUUUCUCUCCAACCAAUCGGGAUCGGAUUCCAAGACCGGGGUGCAAGGGCAAUACAUCAGUUAAGACGCUGUAAACGUGGCUAGUCUCUGAAAAUGCCCGUACCUGGGGAACAAAUCUUCUUUCUUCGAGGCCUCAGAUCAUAAUAGAGUCCAUCGGUAGGAAGGUAAUGCAGCUAAGCCGAGACUUCUUUCUGAGGCAUUUCUGACUUUACUUGCUGUUGCCGAUAUGAUCUUUUCUCUUGUUGAAGAAGUGGAGUUUGCUGCUAUCGUAGAUAAGAGUGACGGAAUUGAUAGAGAUUCAGCCCCUAGAAACGCUAGCCUUCCUUGGCUUGGGUUGAUUGCUUUUCAAUGCCUAGUUUCGUAGCCAAGCAAAGGGAAUCACCUUCUGACCUGACCUUCGACCUUGAGGGUGGCAAUCUAGCUUCUGUUGAAAAAGCAAGGUGCGGGGCGUCGGCAUUACACACACGGUUAAGCACAUUUUAUGAGCCUUUUGUCUUCAAUUUUAUAAGCAUCCCCGCAACUUAAUAGAAUCA